AUGCUGGAGUACAGAGCUGAAACGGAUGAGAAGCAAGUUAGCGUGCGGAUUGAGCUGCUGGACGACAUCUACAACAAAUUCUUCGACAACCGCUACGCCAUCGAAGAGCUGCUGAGAGAAGGUGAAGAUGAUGAGACUGCUGAGGACAAGGCGAAGCGUGAGAAGAUGCUGAAGGAGUCGGACAAGGUGGUGACAGAUUUUGAGAAGCAGUACAUCGACCUGAAGUCUCGGCUGAGGGAGAAACUCCCACGCCCACCUGCUCCACCUGAAGUUGCUGCGGAUAACCAAGUGGUCGUUCAACAACCUGUCUUCUCCAAGGUGAAGCUGCCAGACAUUCGACUUCCGUCUUUCAGUGGCAAGAUGCAGGAAUGGAUUUGCUUCCGAGAUACGUUCUUGAGUCUGAUUGAUCAGAACGGUCAUCUCACGGACAUGGAUCGGUACACAUACCUCCGUUCGUCGCUGUCCGGUGAAGCCUUGCAGGAGAUCAACAACAUCGAUUUCACUGCAAUAAACUACUCUGUGGCCUGGCAAGCGUUGAUGGAAAAGUACGAGAACAAGAAGUUGCUCGUGAAGGCCUACCUCGACAUUCUGUUCGAGCUAGAACCGCUGAGACGAGAAAGCUACCAAGGUCUGAGCCAUCUCGUAAGCGAGUUCGAGAAAAGUCUUCAGAUGCUCGCAAAGCUCGGCGAGAAGGCGGAAAACUGGAGCACCCUGCUCGUUCACAUGAUCUGUUCACGGCUGGACAGUGCGACGCUGCGCGAGUGGGAGAGUCACCACAAGUCGAAGGAGGUUCCUACGUACACCAAGGUGAUCGAGUUCCUGAAGAGUCAGUGUUCCAUCCUCCAGUCCAUCGCACGUGUGAAAUCGAGUAAUGCUGAUCAACGCCCAUCAAGGCCUGCGGUGUGCAACUUCGCAGCGAAUUCGUCGUCUGGUAGGUGCCGGAUCUGCAACGAGCCCUGGCACACACCCUUCCAAUGUAACAAGUUCCAGACGAUGAGCCUGCAAGAAAGAAUCGAUUUUGUGAUGCAGAACAGGUUGUGCCGGAAUUGUUUGAAGCCUGGACAUCUCUCCAGAACCUGCGAAAGAGGACAGUGCCGUCACUGUCGCCGAAAUCAUCACACGAUGCUGCACAUCACAAGAUCCUCCGUUCCACCCACGCAAACAAGACCACAGACAGCGAACCCGAACAGACAGCCACAGAACAGACCAGCUAACACAAACCAGAACCAGCAGAACACUGCCACGGACACUGCAAGUAAUGCGAUCGUCAGGACCGGACAGAACGCAUCAGACACAAAUCAGCAGAACACAAGCCAUGCAUGCAUUGCGCUUCCUAUCACGCCUACCCAAAACAUUCUGCUGUCGACUGCGCUCGUGAAGCUGAAGUUCAAGCAAACUCCAGCGUACCUGUCCAUUCAAGGAAUUGGACCUACAGCUGCAGUCUCAACCAAGGUUGUCAGCGCAGAAGUUUGCCCUCGUUCGAGUGCCAUUUCGUCGUUCGCAGAGGAGAUGGAAUUCCACGUGCUGCCGAAGCUUACCAUCCCACUACCGACUGCAACGAUUGAUCCCGAGCAUUGGAAACUCCCAGAUUGUGCGCAACUUGCCGAUCCUCAAUUCUUUGAGUCGAAGCCGAUCGAUCUCAUCAUCGGUGCGGAGUUUUUCAUGGACCUGCUCCGGGAAGGAAAGCUGAAGGCGACUGAAGAAGGGCCGACACUCCAAGAAACGGUGUUCGGCUGGAUCAUUUCUGGACGCGUACCGAACAGUACGGCCACCGAGCAGUCGUCUACGUUUGUCGUCUCCACUGCACAGCUGCAAGCAGAUCUCGCAAAGUUCUGGGAACUCGAAACGUGCCGCAACAUCAGCACCCACUCACUGGAAGAAUCUGCUUGUGAAGAGUUCUUCGACAAAACCACUGUACGGGACGAACAAGGCCGUUUCGUUGUAACUCUGCCGAAGAAAAACGAUGUUAUUAGCCGGUUAGGAGAGUCAAAAGCAACUGCUGUGAAGCGGCUGAUGGGAAUGGAGAGAAGAUUCGCAGCGAAUCCAGAACUGCAGAAGAUGUAUGCUGACUUCAUGCACGAGUACGAAGCUCUCGACCACAUGGAAGAAGUUGUCGAUGAUGCUUCUGCUGGAAUUAAGUACUAUUUGCCCCAUCAUGCUGUUCUCCGGCCGGACAGCACCACAACAAAGCUGCGAGUGGUAUUCGACGCUUCGUGCGCAACGUCCACUGGUGUUUCGCUUAACGACGGGCUCAUGGUUGGUCCCGUUGUGCAGGAUGACCUGUUCAACACCGUGAUUCGCUUUCGAUUCCACCGCUACGCACUCGUCGCUGACAUCGCCAAGAUGUAUCGGAUGGUGAGGAUCGCCGAAACAGAUCGGCCUUUGCAACGAAUCGUCUGGAGAAAGUCCCCUACCGAGCCUGUGCGUACGUUCGAGUUGAAGACCGUUACAUACGGUACAGCGUCUGCGCCGUAUCUCGCCACUAAAUGUCUGCAAAGAUUGGCUGCUGACGGAGAAGCAAGAUAUCCACUCGCUGCCAAGAUUGUCAAGCAAGACUUUUACGUGGAUGACUUGCUCACUGGCGUAGAUGACCUGGAAGAAGGAAUGCAGCUGAUUAACGAGAUCUUGGAGUUGAUGGAGUCUGCUGGACUAUCGUUACGCAAGUGGAACUCGAACUGUAAGCAGCUGCUGUGGAGAGUCCCCGAGCACUUGAGGGAUGGUCAGUCCAUUCUGGAGUUCGACGCUGCAAGCUACACCGUGAAGACGUUGGGACUGAUCUGGGAAUCUCAAUCUGACACCUUCCGAUUCUCCACACCGACUUGGAACAGCACAAGCGAGAUCACGAAGCGUGUGGUUGCAUCCGAUCUUUCUAUGCAUUGGGAUCCGCUAGGAGUAGCUGGUCCAGUUGUCGUCCAAGCGAAGAUAUUCGUACAGCAGCUGUGGCGACACCAGUACGAUUGGGAUGCACCGCUUAAGGAAGCUGAUCAAGAGUUUUGGCUGGAGUACAGACGAAACCUCAAGGGACUAGAAGGCCUCUCAGUUCCUCGCUGGAUAGGAGUCGAACGGAAGGCCAAGUCAGUUCAAAUCCACGGAUUUUGCGACGCCUCAACCAAAGCAUACGGUGCGUGCUUGUACGUGCGGACUGAGUACGAAGAUGGCGAAGUAGUGGUGAACCUUCUUACGGCCAAGUCUCGAGUCGCACCAAUCCCGAAGCCGAAGAAGAAGUCGAAGAAGAAGACGUCGCAGAACCAGCCAGAAGAAGAGCAAGCAGAGCAAUCGAAUCCUGAACAAGACGAGUUGGAUGCCGAGCAGACUAUUCCCAGGCUGGAGUUGUCCUCUGCCCUUCUGCUCGCACACCUGUACGACAAAGUUGCCAAUUCUCUCCCUUUCAAGCCAGAAGCGUAUUUCUGGACCGAUUCGAUGAUUACGCUGUGCCAGAUCAAGUCGCCGCCCUCGAGAUGGAAGACAUUCGUCGCGAACAGGGUUUCUGAGAUUCAGCAUCUCACUCGAGGCGGAAUUUGGAAUCACGUCCCAGGAACCGAGAACCCGGCUGACAUAAUCUCCCGCGGGAUGACGCCAGCCCAGUUGCAGUACCAAUCUCUCUGGUUCCAUGGACCCUGCUGGUUGAAGCUGGACAAAGUGAACUGGCCACACGUUCAGCAAAUCCGUGAAGAAGAUCUCGACGCAUCGCUCCUAGAAGAACGCAGCGUUGCUGCAGUGUUGUCAACGAUCGAACCGAGUCACAUCUUCAGCCUGAACUCAUCGCUCACACGUCUAGUACGUGGUGUUGCGUAUGGUAUUCGAUUCUGCCACAACGCGAAACAGGCUCACCAAGAUUCGAAAAAGCUCGGACCGAUCCCAAGCGAGGAGUACGAGGAUGCACUGAAGCGGUUGGUGCGCAUCGCACAGCAGGAAUGCUUUCAACAAGAGAUCGCUGACCUGAAAAGAGGUCACCAAGUGCAGAACAACUCAAGGAUCGCUGCACUGAACCCACAGCUGGUAGAUGGUCUACUCUGUGUUGGCGGCCGGCUGCAGAACGCCAAUGUCUCAGCGAGCCGAAAACAUCCGUACAUCCUGGACCAUCGUCAUCCUUUCACUGAGACUGUUAUCGCUGACUACCACGUGAACCUGUACCACGCUGGACAGCAACUGCUGCUGUCAGCUGUGCGCGGACGGUUUUGGCCGACCAGCGCCAGGAACGUGGUGCGCAAGGUGAUUCACUCAUGCGUAAGCUGCUUUCGCGCUAGACCACGUGUCCAGAACCAACUGAUGGCGGACCUCCCGCCCGAACGAGUCAACCCGUGUUUCGCAUUCCAAAGAGUUGGCGUUGACUAUUGCGGACCGUUCUAUUUGGUUCACGGUCUGCGCCGUGGAUCUCCGGUGAAAUGUUUCGUCGCUGUUUUUGUUUGCCUCGUCACUAAAGCGGUACACCUGGAGUUAGUGGCAAACCUGACCACAGAAGCGUUCCUUGCAGCACUCAAGAGAUUCUCAGCCCGCCGCGGUAAACCCGAACUGAUUAAGUGCGACAACGCAACAAACUUCGUGGGGGCUUCGAGAGAAUUGAAGGAGCUGCACAGAUUGUUCCUGAACCAAGAGUUCCAAGCGAGGGUGGUCGCGCAGACAGCUGCAGACCGUAUUGAGUUCCAGUUCAUCCCAGCGCGCACCCCGAACUUCGGUGGACUGUGGGAGUCCGCCGUAAAAUCGUUCAAGACGCUGCUGAAACGAACCGUUGGAGCUCGCAAGCUGUUCUACGACGAGAUGCAGACAAUCCUGACCCAAAUCGAAGCGAUCUUAAAUUCCAGACCUCUGACCCCACUAAGCAACGACCCGAACGACUUUGAGGCCCUGACACCGGGGCAUUUCCUCAUUCAUCGUCCACUCGUGGCCAUCCCAGAACCAGAUCUGGAUGGCAUUCCGGAAAACCGACUUUCAGCGUGGCAGGCAGUUCAGCACUUUGUGCAAACCCUGUGGAAGAUAUGGACAACUCAAUACCUCUCCGAUCUCCACAAUCGGACUAAAUGGACCCAGCAGAAGGACAACAUACGAGUCGGCACGAUGGUGGUUCUGAUGUGCGAAAACAUCCCACCACUGAAGUGGCCCCUGGCACGUGUCAUCGAGGUGCACCCAGGGCAAGACGGAUGUGUCCGAGUUGUCACAGUGCGGACUAAGGACGGUACAUUCAAGCGAGGCGUAUCUAAGAUCUGCGUCCUCCCAAUACGCGACAACACCGUACCAUCUUCGCAGCAAGGGGAGAACUAG